CCGCAUCCGAGUCGACUACUGCCACAUUCGUUACUCGCAGACCCGAUUCCCCCUACGACAAUUGCACCCAACUACACACACACCACGUCCUAUCGUCACAAUUGGAUAUGGAAAUGUCGUCGCCAUUAGCGGCCAUGCACCCCCCGCCUCUGCCGACUGCACCAUGGGGCUACAGGCGUGACCUGCCGGCAACCAGGCUCUUUGGAGGACACAAUUUUGGGCCAAACAGCUUCAAUUUUAGGGAUUUGAGCAUGAAGAAGGGCAACCCAGACUAUUUUGGUGUGCCUCCCCUGCGAGGCUCCUCGCCCACGGCCAGCCUCGCCGCCGACAUGUCGAGCAAUUUGCAUGUUGAUCAGAGCCCACAAUUCACCACUCCUCGCCGGUCGCUCUUCACCUCGAUCAAUCUGCAGGCACUGGAGAAACGAGCAGAAGGAGUCACGACCCCGCCAGUUGGAUGGGAAGGGGUGACGACACCUCCCAUUCCCUCGUCGUCUCCCUGCUUCGUGCCUGACUCGAUGGACAUCUCGCCUCUGCCGCAUAAAGCACCCUUCAGCUUUGUCAAGGAGGAGCCCUUGCCGUCCCCCACACCCGACCACGCGCCGGCCUCAGAGGAAGAGAUGCUGUCCCCAUGCGACGUUGCUCCGCCUCCUCAGUUUCCAAUCUCACAGUUGGAUGCAUCGAGGCCGGCGGCUGCUGCAGAAAAGGCUCUGCUUCGACCAUCCUUUAACCGUGUCAAGAACUACUCCACUAACACAGUAUCCUUCAAAGACCAAGAGAACAACCCCUUGCCAGCCUUCAAGUUCGGUGCCGGUGUCGAGUCUAACGCCUCCACCCUAUCCUUGGACGAAUGCUUUGCCGCUUCCCCUCAAGACCGCAAGAUGCUUGCAAACCCGGUAUCAUUUGUGCCCAAGCCCAAGUCCUUCAGCCUUCAUAGCAAUGCAUCCCGUGGCACAGGGUCGCCUCUUGGUGGUAAUAUCAGGAAGCCUUCGGGCCCGCCCGGCCGGCCUCGUAGCAAGUUCAGGAGGUCGCUGAGCAUGUUCGAAAGCCCAGGCGACAUCAUGAACCAGAAGGAUGAUCAAUCGAAUUACACUCCGAGCAAUCUACAGUCCGUCAUGGAUGUUGAUGACACUCCAGCGUUGAAGCUUCCCAACUUCACCCCUCCCAAUGAACCUGAUAGCCUCCCGCGCAUCUCGGAUGCCACUCUGAUUAGCGUGCUUGAUGGCGAGUUCGAUCAUCUGUACGAUGAGAAGAUUAUCAUCGACUGCCGUUUCGAGUACGAGUAUGAAGGUGGCCACAUAGAUGGAGCCCGGAACUUCUGCGAGAAGGAGCAACUGGCCGAGCUCCUCUUUAAUAAGGAGGUUACUCCCAAUACCCUCUUAAUCUUCCACUGCGAAUAUUCCGCUCAUCGUGCACCACUCAUGGCGAAGUUUGUGCGCCAUGAGGAUCGAAGGAUCAAUGCCUUCCGCUAUCCUCAACUCUCUUAUCCGGAGAUGUAUAUUCUUGAUGGCGGCUACAGCAACUUCUUUGAGUCACAUCGUGCCCGCUGUUUCCCCCAGAACUACCUCCGUAUGGACGCAAAGGAGCACGAAACCGCCUGUGAACGCGGAAUGAAUAAGCUCCGCCAGCGCUCCAAGCUCAAUCGUGCGCAAACAUUUGCAUUUGGCCAGCAAUCCUGCCAGAUGGACAGCCCUACUGCCGUCGGUCGAUCCAAGAGCGGCAAUACCAUGCCCGGGCAUGACGAAGUUUUUAACGUUGGACGAAUAGGUGCCACUCGUCGCAUGGCUUCCUACUAGUGGUAGCCCAUCCUCGGGUGGUCCAUGAUUUCCUGAUGAUCAUCAACCCUCUCACGGCGAACUGGAUGCAAGGCGUUAUUGAUUGACUCCUGCAUUCGACUUAUCAUAGCAUCGGCGUUCGGGGC